AUUGUGAGUUCCUGCAUGGCAGAAUGGGGUUGGACUGGAUGACCCUUGUAUUGGUAUUCUGAAGUGAUCAAAUAAUAUUAGAGAUGCAUCAUGUGCUUUUCUCCCCUUUUGCUUGGCUGGAUGAAGGCUAUUUUCUCUUGCAGGUGACCUUUGGGGAUGUUGCUGUGUACUUCACAGAGGCGGAAUGGGAACUGUUGGAUCAGAACCAGAGAUUUUUGUACAGUGAGGUGAUGAUGGAAAAUUAUGAGAAUGUUUCUUUCCUGGGAGACCUUGUGAACCAUCAGAGAAUCCACACAGGAGAGAAACCAUAUAAAUGCAAGCAGUGUGGGAAAUGUUUUGCUUACAGGCCAGCUCUUUUGAGACAUCACAGAGUCCACUCAGAUGAAAAUCCAUACAAAUGUCAGGAGUGUGGCAAACAUUUUUCUUGUAAGUCACACCUUUUGAGUCAUCAGAGAGUCCACACAGGAGAGAAACCAUACAAGUGCCAGCAGUGUGGGAAAUGUUUUACCUACAAGUCAGUCCUUGUGGAACAUCAUAAAGUCCACACAGGAGAGAAACCAUACAGAUGCCAGCAGUGUGGGAAAUGUUUUGCUUACAGUUCAGCCCUUGUGAAUCAUCAGAGAGUCCACACAGGAGAGAAGCCAUACAAAUGCCAGCAGUGUGGCAAGCGUUUUCGUUGGACAUUUGCCUUUGUGAUUCAUCAGAGAGUCCACACAGGAGAGAACCCAUUCAAAUGCCAGCAAUGUGGGAAAAGUUUUGCUCAGAUUUCAAAUCUUUUGACACAUCAGAGAGUCCACACAGAAGAGAAACCAUACAAAUGCCAGCAGUGUGAGAUAUGUUUUGCUCACAAGUCACACCUUGUAGCUCACAAGAGCAUACACACAGGACAGAGUCCAUACCAAUGCCAACAAUGUGGAAAACAUUUUGCUUGGAAGUCAGCCCUUGUGAUCCACCAGAGAGCUCACACUGGAGAAAAACCAUACAAAUGCCAGCAGUGUGAGAAAUGUUUUGCUCGGAAGUCACACCUUGUGGCUCACAAGAGCGUGCACACAGGACAGAGUCCACACCAAUGCCAGCUCUGUGGGAAAUGUUUUGCUCACAAGUCAAGUCUUGUGAGUCAUCAAAGAGUCCACACAGAAGAGAAACCAUACAAAUGCCAGCUGUGUGGGAAAGAUUUUGCUUACAGGUCAAACCUUGUAAUGCAUCAGAGAGUCCACACAGGAGAGAAACCAUACAAAUGCCAGCUGUGUGGGAAAGGUUUUGCUGAAAGAUCUGUCUUUCUGGCUCAUCAGAGAGUCCACACAGGAGAGAAACCAUAUAAAUGCCAGCAGUGUGGGAAAUGUUUUUCUCAAAAGUCAUCCCUUGUCACUCAUCAGAGAAUACACACAGGAGAUAAACCACACAGAUGCCAGCAGUGUGGAAAAUGGUUUGCUCACAAGUCAGGCCUUGUCGCUCAUGAGAGUCUCCACACUGGACAGAGACCAUAUCAAUGCCAGUCAUGUGGGAAAUGUUUUGUUAGGAAGUCAGACCUUGUCACCCAUGAGAGAGUCCACACAGGAGAGAAACCAUACAAAUGCCAGCAGUGUAAAAAAUGUUUUGCUCACAAGUCAUCCAUUGUGAAACAUCAGAGAGUCCACACAGGAGAAAAAUCACACAAUUGCCAGCAGUGUGGGAAAUGUUUUGCUUGCAAGAUGCACCUUAAAAAACUUCACAGAGUCCACACAGGAGAGAAACCAUACAGGUGCCAGGAGUGUGGGAAAUGUUUUGCUUAUACAUCACAGCUAGUGACACAUCAGAGAGUUCACACAGGAGAGAAACCCUACAAAUGCCAGCUGUGUGGGAAAUACUUUGCCCAGAAGUCACAUCUUCAGAGUCACUUGUUAGUCCACGCAGGAGUGAAACCAUACAAAUGUCAGCAUUGUGGAAAAUAUUUUGCUCAGAAGUCACACCUUCAGCAUCACCUGACAAUCCAUACAGGAGAGAAACCAUACAAAUGCCAGCAGUGUGGAAAAUGUUUUGCUUACAAGUCAGCCCUUGUGAAGCAUCAGAGAAUCCACACAGGAGAGAAACCAUAUAAAUGCCAGCAAUGUGAGAAAUGUUUUGCUUGCCAUUCAGCCCUUAUGAUUCAUCAGAGAGUACACACGGGAGAGAAACCAUACAGAUGCCAGCAGUGUGAAAAAUGGUUUGCUUGCACGCGAUACCUUAAAAAACAUCAGAGAGUCCACACAACAGAGAAACCAUAAAAGUGUCAGAAGUGUGGGCAAUGUUUUGCUCUGGAUUUAACCCUUUUGAGGUAUCAGAAAGUUCACACUGAAGAUAAAAUCCAUCCCACCAUCAUCACAAGCAUGGUUGGUGGCGACACGAGAGCGGGCAUUUUCCAUGUCUGACGCUAGAUUGUGGAACUCCCUGCCCAGGGAGGCCAGAAUGGCACCUUCCUUGUUUACUUUCCACUAGCAGGCUAAGACCUACCUGUUUAGACAGGCUUAUAAAACAGAAAGUUUUUAAAGCAUGGGAUGGCAUUGUAUUGCUUUAAAGUAUUUUUAACAUUUUAACCUUUUUAGUUGUGUUUUAUUCUUUUAAUAUGUUUUAAUGAUGGAAUAAUUUAAUUCUAUUUUAAUGUACUAUUUUUGUAUGAUUUUUACUGUACUAGUUUUUAAUGUUCUGAGCUGCCCUGAGUCCCAGUUUUGGGGAAGGUGCCAGAAAUAAAUACAUACACACAUACACACAUACACUGAACAUGUAAAAUACUUUUUGUUUGGAAAGACAUUACAUCUGUUUUAUAAAUCUGUUAUGAUCCCCUUAGAUGCAAUUUCCCUCCCAAAUCAUUUAAAAAUAUUUUACAGUUGUAUGUUUGUUCAAUAAACCUUGGAAUUAGUUGGAGUAUUUGGCAAA